AUGAACAAGACUUUGAUAUUGCACCUGUUCCUGCUGAGCCUGGUGGUUGGCAGCAGCCAAGGGUGCUACUGUGAACAUUACCCAUGGGGGCCAUGGUCCAGCUGUUCAAAAACCUGCAAUUAUGGCACACAGACAAGGCACAGGCAAAUAAGAAUGGAUGAAUAUUAUAACCAAAACUUCUGUGACCGGUUGUGCACAAAGAUGGAAUCUCGUGCUUGUAACCAGCAAACAUGUCCUAUCAACUGUCAGCUUGGAGACUUUGGACCUUGGUCAGAAUGUGACCCAUGCAUUAAAAAACAAUUUCGUGUUCGAACACUCUUGCGACCAUCUCAGUUUGGGGGUCAGGCCUGCUCCGAGCAACUGGUGGAUUCCCGCCCCUGCUUUCCAGCCAAACUCUGCAACAUAGUGGAGGUCAACUGCAAGAAUAAAUUCCAGUGUGAAAGUGGUCGCUGCAUUGCAAAAAAACUGGAAUGCAAUGGAGAAAAUGACUGUGGGGACAACUCUGAUGAAAGAAAUUGUGGGAGGAAAAAGACAGUGUGUGGCAGAAGGUUUGAAAGCAUCCCCAGUGUGCAGUUAAUAGGCAAUGGAUUUCACAUUUUGUCAGGAGAGAGCCGAGGGGAAGUCCUUGGCAAUUCAUUCAAUGGAGGAGAAUGCAGAACUGUGAAGCGUAACGAGACAAGGAUAUUAUAUCGUAUUCCUGCAAACCUGAAGGAUGUCAGCUUUCAGGUAACAAAUGAAGAGGAUGAUGUAAAAUCACAUUUCUACAGAGAUUUAACUCACCUGAGUGAUGGUGAUCAGCAAAGUAGUUCAUUCUCUCAUGGUGCUCAAAAAAGAUUUAGCAUUCCAAUACUAUUCUCAAGAAAGAAACGGGUUCAAGUCACAUCAUCUUCCUCCUUCAAGAAAGCCAUAAAAGCCUCACAAGAAAAGAAUUCCAACUUUGUUAGAGUCCAUAAAGUCAUCUCUGUUGCAAGCUUCACAAUGAAAGAGUCAGAUCUGCAGCUUUCAGAUGUCUUUCUAAAAGCACUUAACCACCUGCCCCUGGAGUACAACUAUGCUUUAUACAGCAGAAUAUUUGAUGACUUUGGCACUCAUUACUACACCGCUGGGAAGAUGGGUGGUUCCUAUGACAUUCUUUACCAGUACAGUUCAGAUGAAUUGAAGAACUCAGGUCUGACUGAGGAUGAAUCAAUGGACUGUAUCCGAACAGAAACAUCGUGGCGUGUGCUCUUCGUAAAGAGGAAGAAAGUCAAUACCAGAUGCGUCACAAACAAGAUGACUGUGAAACAUGAAGGUUCCAUUCUGGAGUCAGCUGAACAGUCCAUCUCUCUGGUCAAAGGUGGCAGGUCAGAAUUCGCUGCAGCUCUGGCCUGGGAGAAAAAGGGAUCUUUUCCAGGGCAUCCAGUCUUCACAACAUGGCUGGAAUCAACAAAGGACAAUCCCAUAGUGAUUGACUUUGAGGUGUCAUCCAUUGUGGACCUGGUGAAGAAUGUGCCGUGUGCCGUGACCAGGCGUCGCAACCUCAGGAGAGCCCUGUGGGAAUACGCAGCCAGGUUUGACCCGUGCCAGUGUGCCCCAUGCCCCAACAAUGGCAAGCCCAUGCUUUCUGGGACGGAGUGCCUCUGUGUGUGCCAGGCUGGCACCUACGGCAAGAACUGUGAGAUCCGUGCUCCGGGUUAUGAUUCAGUUGCUGUAGAUGGCCGCUGGAGUUGCUGGUCUGAAUGGAGCCCAUGUGACACUUCCUUCAAGAGAAGAAGGACCCGGGAGUGUAAUAACCCGUCCCCGAUGAACGGUGGAAAGCCCUGCAAGGGUGAACAGGAAGAAGAGGAGGACUGUCAUGUCUCUGUGUUCAUGGACAAAGGGGCUCCCUGUAUUAAUGAUGAUGAGGCAAGAAGAGAAGAGGAUAUCAUAACUGGUGAACCUGAGUCUGGAUGCUCCAGGCCAGACGCACCAGAAAAUGGAUUUAUAAGGAAUGAAAAGAACCAGUAUGAUGUCGGGGAAGAAGCUGAAAUAGCCUGUGUGAGUGGUCAUGUCCUCAGUGGCUAUCAGUUCCUUCGGUGUCUGCCUGAUCAAACCUGGACACAACAAGUAGUUGAAUGCCAACCCGCAGUAUGCCUCAGGCCACCGAUAUCUGACAGUGUCACAAUUUCCCCAUUUAAGCAACACUAUGACAUUGGUGAAACCAUGAGGCUAAGCUGCCAGGCUGGGUUUAUAGUCACUGGUCAACAACAGUACACUUGUGGAAAAGACCUGUCGUGGAUCCCACCUGUUUUGAGACAUAUUACCUGUGAAAAAGAUGAACAAACUAAGAUUAGAGGGUUUUGCGAUCCAGGUCAAAAACAGGUUGGAUCUGAAUGUGUUUGUAUGUCUCCAGAAGAGGACUGUGGCCACUACUCAGAAGACAUCUGUGUACUACAUGCUGUUUCUGAACAGAACAUGACGAAGUCCAGCUGCCAAUAUUCAGCUGAAAUGUGCCUUGGAGAGCAGUCAUUUCAUUUCUUGCAUGCUGGCCCUUGCCUCGGUAAUACCAACAUACACUGGGCUAUUGAAAGGGCAAAGCUCUCCACAAACAGCAUGAAGAAAGUGCCCUGCGGCUAUGACACCUGCUAUGACUGGGAGUACUGUCCAGCGACGCAGACCCAGUGCUCCUGCCUGAUGCCUUACCAGUGUCCCAGAGAAGACAGACGGCUUCACUGCAUCCAAAUGGAGUCAACAGGGAGAAGGAGGACAGUUGGUUAUUGCAUGCUGGCAGCCAUGAAGUGUUCUGGCAUCAAACUGGAGGUGCUGGAGGAGAGGAGCUGCCUGGGGUAA